CCGCUGUGGAGUCUCCUUUAAAAAAUCUUACCGCGUCACUGGGAUGCGGAUCUGGGAGCCGGACACCUAGCCGACCAUCCCCGCUUAUAUAUGCCCUCCACCGAAAGAAAUCACUCACCAAAGAUGACAGCUCCUUUAACGCCUGCCGCACCACAGGAUCAACGCUUUUUGGUGUUGUUUGACUUCGACGAGACCAUCAUUUGCGAAAGCAGCGACGAUGCUUUGGUGCGUACUCUGCCAGACAAAGAGCUCCCUGCUUGGCUGAAAAACAGUUACAGGGAGGGGCAGUAUAAUGAAAAUACGCAGAAGAUUUUGGCCUACAUGGCUGAGCAGGGCGUCUCUAAAGACUCCAUCCAUUCAGCAGUGGAGAAGAUCCCACCAAAUCAAGGCCUCAUGAAUCUCUUCCAGUAUCUGCAGAGCCACCAGCAGGACUUUGAGCUUGUGGUGGUCUCCGAUGCCAACAUGUAUUUUAUUGAAACCUGGCUUAGGCAUGCUGGGGUGCGUGACCUUUUCAGAAAGAUUUUCACAAACCCAUCCAGUUUUAAUGCGGCUGGUCAGCUUGUGCUCCUCUCUUUCCACUCGCACUCAUGCCCCCGUUGUCCUGAUAACAUGUGCAAGCAGGUGAUCCUUCGGGAGUAUUUGGCGGAGCGGCAGAAGGAGCGUGGCGGCGUUCCCUUUCAGAGGGUCUUCUAUAUUGGAGAUGGGGCCAAUGACGCCUGCCCUUGUCUGGCUUUGGGGCCCCGGGACACGGCUUUCCCCAGGAAAGACUUUCCAAUGCACAGGCUGCUAAAGGAGUUUCAGCAGUCUGCCAAGUUCAAAACAAACAUUGAACCUUGGGUCAGUGGCAAAGACAUAGUAGACUGCCUGAAGAAAAUAGUGGAGGAGAAAUGAGAACUGCAUGCCUGUACUUGUGAAAGAAGGUCUGUAAGAGGGAAACAAGUGCAAUAAAGGUGCGCCAACACUAGUCCACUUGGCAGGCAGGUUAUGCAUGAUUUUAGCCGAGCAACAACCAGACCAUCCUACAGAUGUAGGAUUUAUUUUAUUUUUAUUCUUCAACUUUGUGAAAUCUUAAUUGAAAAUGAUCAAAUGUGGUAGUAAGAGGUUCUAAAUAGAAGAUUCCUUUUUGUACCAGGCCAGGUGUUUCCCCUUGUUUCCACUCUCUAUGCUACGAUAAGCUAGCCAGUAAAUGGUUAACUCAUAGUGCUAAUGGUUUUUAAAUAUAAUGUUUGACAAGACACUUAAACUGCUGUAAUUCUAGCCUCAUGCAAAAGGCUAUUUCAUCCCAAUGACUCUGGUAUUAAACAUGUAUGCCGCAUUGUAAAUCGCGUGGUAUUAAAAUUCAGUUAGCUAGCAAUAGCAAGGAUAUUUGAUCAAUAAUAGAUAUGCAGUAUUCAUUAUGCACUUUGUUCUCCUUAUCAAGUCUGAUAAAUGGGAGAGAACAUCGUAACCAAAUUGUCAUGCGUGCUCUGAAGUUGCCGUUUAUGAAGCAACCAUCCCCUUCAGUACACGUGUAGUUUACAUUUUUGAGCAAUGCGAACUCUGAUGGUUUGCUUCUCCUCUUAACUGUAUGAGAUUUCAUUCAUGGGGAGAUUUAAACUUUUUCUCUUUUGUCACGCUUCCUUUAAAAAAACUCCAUCUACGUCCACAUAAGUAGGGCCAGGUGUUAUGAAACUUUCUGGGACAUAUGACCAUGUUGGCCAAGGACAAGGUCAGAAAAGACAAGAGAUAAGAUGACAUACGCCAGUACCUGUGCACUCCCCACCUCCCAUUACUGAUACUUAAUCUGGGCUUGAUUGCACAACAGUAAUUUACACCAGGCAUGCCAUAGACACACAGCUGCCGGUCGGUCUAACGUUAUUCCCUGUCCCUCUGAAACAAUGGAAAAAAGCCAAAUGCACACUACCAAUUUUAGAAGGGUUAAUGUAAUGGAAUCAUACCAUAUUAAAAACUUCUAGUGAUUAUUUUUACUGAUAAGAUGUUUUCAUUUUGGGUCAGGAUAAAGAAGUUCUUCUUUCUAUUUGAAUGCUUUCCCAGUUGAUGAUUUUCAGUAUAUCUGCAUAAAUCAGCAUGUAAAUUCAUUUCUUCCUCACUAAACUUGCAACAGGGGAAAAAUAUAUACUUAGUAUUGUUUGGUAUUGAUUAUGAAGAGUUAAUUAUUGCAUUGAAGGGUAUUCUUUUCUUAAUUUUUUGUUUGAAGCAAUACUUUACAUCUGUUAAGUCUUGAAUCCCUUGUGAGACUGGUUUCAGCUUUAGAAAAGCUAAUAUUGAACUAUGUUAGGUUAAUGCUGUCUGUCUUUACCAAGAUGAAUUUGAUACUCAAGAGUUCUGUUUCCUGGUUGAAUAAAGUCCAUGUUUGUAAAGGGAAAAGUGGGUGCUAAUGAAAAGAAGUAAAACGGUAAAGUAGUGUGUAAAACUGGUGACAUUUUUUUAGCCUUAACAAAUGACAAAUUGUUGUGUAAGUGCUGGAAAUUUACUUUAAGGGGUGUUUUUUUAAUUUCUCAGGGAAGGGAGACUUAAACGAGCAACAUCAUAUAGCAGCAUUUGUUUAUUUUGUACUGUUGAAUUUCAACCAAACAAAUUUUACUUGUGAACUUUUAUAGAUGUCAUGAGUCUGACUCUGAAAUUCACUGAGCUCUAAACCUAAUUCUUAUCCAAUGCUGUGUUACAAAUAUGCUGUGGGUGUUCCUCUGUAUCGUACUGUAAUUGUAGAGAUCAUGGUUUAAGACUGUAAAAACAUUAGUUUACUUUAAAUCUGUGUACCUGUAAAACUAAAAUAGAUUUGGUGCAAUAACUAAAUGCUCUAUACAGAGAGGUUAUACUGGAUGAAAAACUUGACUUGUGAUAUUUUUAUGUGUGUUACUCAACCACAGAUCACUUCAAUAUUGCGAUUUUUAGACAACCAUGCUUAUAUUACAACAAUGGGGGGGAAAGAAAAGGUCUUGUUUUUCGAUUUUGCGGUUUGUUGUAUAUUCAUUACAUCAAAAGUUCUAUUAUGCGUGUAAUGUAUCAUAUUAACAGGAAUAUAAAGCCAUUA